CGGAGUGACUACGUCAAGUCUAAGAAAGAAAAAUAAAAUCUUAAAGCGUGAAUUGUGAAUAAUUUUUCAUUUUAAAAGAAAAGUGAAUAUUAUACGUAAAAGUAAUUCUAAUUUAAUUUAGCUAAAGAUCAAGAGCAAAACAACAACCUGAAGCUAUGAAGCAUCGAUUUAUCAAACAAAAAAUUAAGUAAUAGACAUUAUGCUUUCAUUCUCCGUGAAUAAUUUGACGAUAAGGGAAGUCUCCUUAAGUUAUUAGUCAUCUUAAAAAGUAAAAAAAUGGAUGAAGAGGAAUAUAUUGAAAGUACUUGGUCAUAUUUAUCUUUUUGUGUUGAACCUACCCUCUAUGAAGGGUUAAGAUUUGCAAAAGAUUUACUAAUAGCAAGUGUUACUUUACGAAUGGCUAUACAAUAUAUUGCCAUGCCUCAUAAUGUUCGUCAUAGCAUGAGCUUCAUUAUUGGGGGCCUACUGUUGUAUCAUAGUAUAGGAUUGGCUAUUGUUUGGAUCUUUGGACUUACAUUAAGUGUAUAUAUACUUAUUUUAAUUUUAUCAUUGUUUUCAAGAAAAAGAGUGAGAGGACCUAUAACUUGUCUGUGUGUUAUAUCGUUUUUGCUCUUGUGUGAGUUACAUCUAAUCAACCCGAAGAUGUGGCAACAAAUACGAGGAAUUCAAAUGAUAGCCUCUAUGAAGAUAAUAUCAGUAGCUAUAGAACUGGAUCGAAGUUUAUUUAAGAAAAUGAUAAACCCAGUAGAAUUUUUCGGUUACAUAUUUUGUCCAGCUAACUGUAUGUUGGGUCCUUGGAUAUCAUUCCACACUUAUGAUCAAUACUUAGGUAUAAAAUUCUUAACAAAGAGAUGGAUUAAAGUAAUUGCAGGAAACUUGGCAAUGGCAUUAAUAUUUUUAAACUUAUCUAAUUGUAUUGUGCCUUGGAUCAUCAGUGAUGAUAGUACCAAGUGGCUUUUAGCAUAUAGAGAUGCUCAGGCAUUCAGGAUGUCUCAUUAUUUUGUAUCAAGCAUGUCUAUGGUUUCUAUGUUGAGUGCUGGUUUUGGGUUGACAAAUGAUUGCCAUUCUGAAAUCCAAAUCACAAAACCUUUAUUUAUUGAGUUACCAAGAUCAUUAGUGCAAGUUGUUAUAUUUUGGAACAUUCCUAUGCACCAAUGGCUCAAGAAUUAUGUAUUUAAAUCAUGUCAUGCCUAUGGGCAAUUCUUUGCAAUACUAUCUACAUAUGUUAUAUCAUCACUGCUCCAUGGAUGUAACUUUCAGCUAUCAGCUGUACUAUUAAGCAUAGGAACUUUUUCUUACAUUGAAUAUAAUUUUAGACUUAAAGUUGCAUCUGCUUUAGAAGCAUGUUGCCUAGCAAACCCAUGUACAAAGCAGUGUGAGCAUAAAUAUAAGAAAAAUCGCAUUUUAACAGUAUUUUUAAACACUUUAUUUUCAUUUAUAACUGUCAUACACUUGGCAUAUUUGGGAGUGAUGUUUGAAGCAUCAUUUUCAAUACAAGAAACUGGAUAUUCAUUUUCUCAUACAAUUAGUAAAUGGGAAAACCUAGACUUUUUUAACCAUGGCCUUGCUACUUUUUUCUAUGUGAUAUAUUUAAUGAUGUAAUUGAAGUCUCGAGUUCUUUAAAAGAUGAGUAAAUAAAAUUAUUACUAAUCUUAAAAAAAAAUCAACAGGAGAAAAAUACUUGAUUAUAUGUGUAGCUGUCUUAAAAAUUAGAUUGACAGUUAAUAAGUCAAUCAAAUACAAAACAUGCAAUGAAGUGAAAACAAAGGCAAUAAAAAUAAUUUUCAGUCUUAUACUGUUUAACUUAAAUAAACACUUCUGUAUCAUUGUCAAAACUUUUACACACAAUUAAAAUACUAAUUAAUGGAAAGAUAUUAGUACUACUUUAGUUACAACAGACUGAUUUUGUUGUUAUUAAUAAGGGCAUAUUUUUACCUAACCAACCCAAUUUUUCUAGCAUAUUUUAUGAAUAUAAUGUAAAAUAUUAAAGUUAUUUUAACAUACUCAUAGAUUUACUUAUAUAUUAAAACACAACGUAAUUAUUUGAUGAACUUAUCAAAAGUAUUAAAACUUAUAGAAGACAUGCAUAAUUGUUUAAUAAGGUUUUAUAUCAGUAUUAAUACUUGUACAAUUAAUUUAUAUUUUUUUUAUUUUGCAAAAUGAAUAAAAAUGUGUAUUGUUUUUUAUUCAAGUUUACCUAUGCUAUUUGAAACAUAAUUAGUUAACUCUGCCAAGAUAUAUUUCCAUUAAUUAAUAAAAAUGGUAUUUUUACAAGUUUGUCAGCAGUUUGUACAAUAAUGUAAUUGUAGUCACUAUUAUUACUUGAAUAUUUAACUUGCAACCGGUAAUUUAUUCUCUCCUCAGUUGGCAUGGAACAACAUGGUUCCAGAUUUUCUAUAGCUUCUUUGCUACUACAAAAAUAUUCAGGUCUUGUGUACAAAAUCACUACUUUAAAGUCUUUAGUUAUUCUCUGUACAAACUUAAGUAGCUUUUUUAAAUAUAAAUCCAUUUUUGUAACUUUAAAACUUUGUUCUGACCAAUAAAAUGCACUUAAAGUAUUAAAUAUUAUUA